AUGGUACGGAAAUACUCAUCGUUUGAACUUAUAUUAGGCUCACAAAGAGAUUUCAUUGAGACUAGUACAAGCCUAACAGGCAAGAAAUCCUGUGAUACCGCUACUUUAGAUUCACUUAUCGUACCAUUUCAAAGUCCGUUCUGGCUCAGCAACAAAAAUUGGUUUGUUACUUGUGACUAUAUUCCACUAGCAAUGAAAACUAUACUUUAUACAACACCGAUCUGUACAGAGGUUGAAGUCCAAGCAGAAUCUCCUGUAUUUGAAGUAUCAUCAACAAAACCUAAUUGUCGCUUAAUUUUGCAUCGAAAUUACAAUAUGAGCUAUAACAUCGAAAAUGUGGUACUCACUACUCUUAACCUUUCCCACAAUGAAAUCGGUAGCAAUGGAAUACAAUAUCUUUAUGAUGCCUGCAAAGAGAAUAAAACACUUAUUAAAUUGAACCUCAAAGGAAAUCCUGGUAGGUACUGUACAACUGUGAGUGCAGCAAUUCAAAUAUACAAUGAUAAAACAAUCACUAAAAUGGAUCUUCACGAAAACAGUAUCGAUGACAUCAGGAUGAAAUUUUUGGCUGAUGCACUAUACAACAAUGAAGUAACAUCAUUUCUCAUUUAUUCCAUUGAUGAUCAUGGUUUCAUUGUGGUACUCACUACUCUUAACCUUUCCCACAAUGAAAUCGGUAACAAUGGAAUACAAUAUCUUUAUGAUGCCUUCAAAGAAAACAAAACACUUAUUAAACUGAACCUCGAAGAAAAUCCUGGUAGGUACUGUACAACUGUGAGCGCAGCAAUUCAAAUACGAAAUAAUAAAACACUCACCAGUAUAGAUCUUCGAUGGCACCAGUAUGGAGACAAUGAAAUAAAAUUAUUAGCAAAUGAAUUAUACAACAACAAAGUACUCACCAUUCUCGAACUCUCCUACAAUCAAAUCAGUAACAAUGGAUUGCAAUGCCUUGAUGAUGCCUUAAAAGAAAACAAAACACUUAUUAAAUUGAACCUAGAAGGAAAUUCUGGUAGCUAUUAUACAACUGUGAGUGCAGCAAUUCAAAUACGAAAUGAUAAAAUUACGGUUCCCGGAUUUUCAACAUCAAAUAACUCAAUUCAUACAAAACGAGCUCUUCUCAUUGGCAACAAUAAAUACAAGAAAAAUAGUCAACUUCAAUAUUGUAUCAAUGAUGCUGAAGAUCUUGCUAACAAAUUAUAUAAAAUUGACUUUGAAAUCACAAUUGGUACUAAUUUGACAUAUGAACAGAUGGAUAGAAUUAUCGAAACGUUUAACGAUAAGAUAAAUCCAGGUGAUCUUGUUCUUUUCUUUUUUGCCGGUCACGGAUGUCAAUGGAGUCAUCUAAAUUUUCUUAUGCCCAUUGAUGACGAUCGAAUUAAAACAAAUACUGAUCUGGAAUAUCGAGCAAUAAAUGCUCAAGUUACGCUUGAAAAGAUUAUCAAUCGUCGUCCAUCAGCAGCUAUAUUUCUUCUUGAUUGUUAUCGAAAUAGUUUUGUAUGCGAAUCAUCAAAUUUUAAUGGUCUUUCAAAUAUGCGACCGAUUGGUCAUUCAUUUAUUGGUUUUGCAAUGACAGCAAAUAAAGUUGCAUUAGAUAAAUCAAAAAAUGGUCGAAAUGGUUUAUUUACAUCUCAUCUUCUUCAACAUAUUGAUCAACCGAAUUUAACUAUUGGUGAAAUAAUGUAUGGUGUCUGUAAUGGUAUGAUGAAUGAAACAAAUAAUGAUCAAUGUCCAUUUCGAGUAUCUUCGCUUCGACGGAAAGUUUAUUUGAAUCAACAAUUUCCAAUUGGACAAUCAAUUCUUCUCAAUCAUAUUAAUAUCAACACUAAAUGGAGACGACACGGAAUUACUAUGGCUGGAGGAAAUGGACAUGGUAAUCAAUUAAAUCAACUCUUUCAACCUCAAGGUAUCUAUGUUGAUGACGAUGAUCAAACUAUUUAUAUUGCUGAUUCUGGGAAUGAUCGUAUUGUUGAAUGGAAAUAUGGAGCAAAGAAUGAUCAAGUCGUUGCAGGUGGAAAUGGGCAUGGAAAUGGAAGUGACCAAUUGAAUGAACCAGCAAAUGUGAUUGUUGAUAAAAAGAAUGAUUCUCUCAUCAUUUGUGAUCGACUGAACCGACGCGUGGUACGAUGGUCUCGUCAAGAUGGUACAAAUGGAGAAACAAUCAUUUCUAACAUUGAUUGUUGGGGAUUAAUAAUGGACAAAAAUGAAGAUCUUUAUGUCUCUGAUUGGAAGAAGCAUGAAGUGAGACGAUGGAAACAAGGAGAGACAGAAGGAACAAUAGUAGCAGGUGGGAAAGGAGAAGGAAAUCUUCUCAAUCAACUCAAUCAUCCUACUCAUAUCUGCGUUGAUGAACAUCAUUCAGUUUAUGUGUCGGAUUGGAGGAAUCAUCGUGUGAUGAAAUGGAUGAAAGGUGCAAAAGAAGGUAUUGUUGUUGCUGGUGGAAAAGGUAAGGGGAAUAGUUUGACACAAUUGUCUAAUCCUCGAGGAGUGAUUGUCGAUCAUUUGGGUAAUGUUUAUGUGGCUGAUAUGUCGAAUGAGCGAAUAAUGCGUUGGUGUGAAGGCUCUAAGGAAGGUAGUAUUGUUGUUGGUGGAAAUGGAAGAGGAGAACAAUCAAAUCAGUUCAAAUAUCCCGCAGAUUUAUCAUUCGAUAUUGGAGGUAAUCUUUAUGUUGUUGAUUGUCAUAAUCAUCGAAUACAAAAAUUUGAAAUUGAUGAUAAAACGAACAGUUAA